CAAGUACAAAUAAGACCAGGAGCCGCUUCCAAGAUUCAGGAACCCAAACAAGCAUCUCACAGUUCAAUCACUUCUCUUUACACCAUAACCAAUUCGAUAACUCUCUCCAACAACUCCCCAACACUCCAAACCGCCAAAAUGGUCGUCAACACUCCUGCUACCUGCUGCCGCUCCGGCGACAACGUCGAGUGCGCCUGUGCUCAAAAGGCCACGUGCUCAUGCGGUCAAAAGUCCGCCCUCCAAUGCACAUGCUCCAAGGCCGCCUCCGAAAACACCGUCAACGGUCCUCGCUGCUCAUGCCGCGCCCGUCCCGCCGGUGAAUGCACAUGCGACCGCGCCGCCACCGAGAACGCUACACCUACUGGUUCAACCUGCGCUUGCGGAUCUCGCCCUGCUGGUGGCUGCACUUGCGAGAAGGCUGCUGAUGGUGGCUUUAACCCUGCCAACGAGAUCGACUUCACUACCCAGAAAUAAAAUUUACGAUAUUGGUGAUGAUGAGUACGAGUUUAAUGGGGUGGAAAAUAAAAUAUUGCAUUUGAAUGGCGUUGGGGAACGGGAUUGGGAAUGGUUUGGUGGCGAGGCGAUAGAUACCUGAGAUAGGGAUACAGAAAUGAACAAUAUUCACGAUAUUCAGCUUUCGAACAGAAACG